AUGUCGCCCCAAAAAAGAUCCAAGGACGAGUCGGAACCUGCUAGGAAAUCAGAGGCAUCAACCACAGGAACCAAGCGACGGCGAGUGUCUCUGGCCUGUGAUGCUUGCAGAACAGCCCGAGAGAGAUGCGAUGGCGGACGUCCACAAUGUGGCCGUUGCGUGUCUCAGCGCCGGUCUUGUUCCUAUACGCCUGCAUCUAAGAAGAGAGGUAUUCAAAGCGGAUACCUGAGAGCAAUUGAGCUAUCGCUUGCUUGGUUGCUUGAGAAGACUCCCGACAAUGAAGAGGCCCUACACCAGCUGCUAGUCAAGGAUGACGGCAAAGAUGGCGCCAACAUUCUUAUGAGCAAAGGCAUAUCCGCGAAUAAGCUUCAUAAGCGGUGGAGCAAGUGCCGCGUUCAUAAGCAGCUUGAAUCGCUACUUUGCGAAGGGGGAGCACCAAAAGUGGAAGCAUCUAAUACCGAAGAUUCAGAAACAGACGACGACACUGCGGUGGAAAAUACCGACUUGAUAGCAGGUUCAUCGGCAAGUCCUCACAUGACAGACUCUGGAGCUUUUGACGAGGCUUUUUCUUUAAAAGAGCUCAAAUCAAUCAAACAACGGGCGACAAAACUACCUUCGAAUUAUCGACAUUUCCUUAACAUCUAUUUUGCAUAUACCCAUUGCUGGUUCCCGAUACUCGAUCGAGAAGACAUUUUUGCUACCGCGACAAUAUGCGAGUCUCAGGCUGGAAGUGUAUCUGAUCGCCCGACGGAAGAUGGCACAACCUCCUCUAAUCUUGCCGUUCUCUGGUCUGCUGUAGCUGUUGCAGCUUUUCAAAAUGCGCACUCUUCAGCUCCUCUCAUCAGCGAGGGGGCUGUAUCGCCGACAGAGAUCUUUUCCAUAGCACGGAGCCUGAUCCCGCAGGAGGAAGAUCAGUUCGAUGUUUCCGGCAUUCAAGCAAAUCUUCUACACGCAAUUAUUCUGAUCGGCCGUGAAAACAUGCUGGCUGCAUCACUCAUCACAGGAAAGGCCAUGCGGCUGAUUUCAUACCUGCGGGUAAUGAAUGGCGAUGCGCAAAAGCCAGUUUUGGAUAAAUUAGCUGCCGCUUGUAACCUCAUCGAGGUGCUAACAUCGAUUUGUAUUGGGCAGCCAUCCCGGAUACUGGAUAUGAGAAAUGUCCAGCGGACUGGUCUAUCAGAUUUGGGCUUCACUGAUUCUUUUUCUCCGGCCUAUGGGUUUGGUAAACUCUCACUAAAUCCCAUCUCUGCUCGCCCUCAGAUACCCCCUCCUUUUGCUCUGGACCAGUUGAGUCGAUUUGCCCAGAUUUUAAGUACUCAUGCUGCCGAAAAGCUUCAUCCAGACGACCCUGGUAAAGCUAUUACCGUCGGGGAUCUUGUAUCAUCCUUGGAUCCACAGUUCAGCUUUUGCAAUUCUGUUAUUGCCGGAGAGGCAACUCCAAUGGUACCUUCAGCAUUUCUCAUCCAGGCCAUGUUCUUAGCCGCAACCGUUGAGCUCGUCCCGGGCCAACGAUCUUCCCUCACGUCUAAUUUCCUAGAGGUGGUUGAAUCCAGCAUAUCCAAUUUUGGGGCAUGUGGGACUCCGCCUAUCAUCGUUGCUCUGUUUUCACUCGUUCAACAGAAAGGCAUCAUUGAUGAAAUGCUGACAUCUGAUACCAACAGAUGGAAUUUAGCAUUAAAUACAAUCAAGAGAGUGUGGCUGCCAGAUGAGGCAGCUCGGAAUGCAAUAUCGCCUAAAACAUCAACAUCAAUAUCCGGUAAUUCUUGGGGGAACAUCUCCGGACUGAAGCCAUUGGGCCAGGGCAAUCCAAUGAGCUACCAUGAAGAACCCCCAACAAGAUCCAUUCGCCAAGGAUAUGGGCUAUUCCCCACGGAGGCACACAUACCCCCCAGCGGCCAGAUUUAUAUGGAAAAUCAGCAUAAAUAUUCUCCCGCCCAGCCUCCGCCGAAUCUCGGUAUGCAGUUUUUACCAACCUUGAUCGGUACAAUGCAGCCCGUUAGCCGGGUCAUACAACCAGGAGAAUCUCAAACCAACUCGGUCGACUACGAGGCAAUCCUGGAGGAGCUGGGCAACAUCGACUACGCUGACAGCAGCAUUGAAAUGGAUCCCCAGUUUAUGAUGAAUCUUGGAUUUGCUCCAGGGUGUACUCUGGAAGAAUUGUUUCAUGCCGAUUCCGGCGCCUAAUUAGCCACUUUAUCACUUACUAGAAC